CAUCACGCUGAGGUCACUCCAGAGCGUCAGUCAAAUUAGCUCGACUAGCACGGCUGUGUUGCUAAGCUAGGAAGAUAAGCAUCUCGUAUAUGUGCUUAAUAGGUUAAAAUAACAUCUUUGUAAAGAAUGUCUGGAAGCGCAGGAGAAUGGUGUUUGAUGGAGAGUGACCCCGGAGUGUUCACGGAGUUGAUAAAAGGCUUCGGAUGCAAAGGAGCGCAGGUUGAGGAGAUCUGGAGCAUGGAGCCCGAAAACUUUGACAACCUUAAACCAGUUCAUGGGUUGAUUUUCCUCUUCAAAUGGCAGCCAGGUGAAGAGCCAGCAGGUUCAAUUGUCCAGGAUUCCAGACUUGACUCCAUCUUCUUUGCAAAACAAGUCAUUAACAACGCCUGUGCCACCCAGGCGAUAGUCAGCGUCCUCCUCAACUGUUCCCACUCUGACAUGCUGCUUGGAGAAACACUGACAGAGUUCAGAGAGUUUUCACAGAGCUUUGAUGCAGCUAUGAAAGGUUUGGCUCUCAGCAACUCUGAAGUGAUCCGACAAGUUCACAACAGCUUUGCCAGACAGCAAAUGUUUGAAUUUGAUGCAAAGUCAUCAGCAAAGGAUGAAGAUGCUUUUCACUUUGUGAGCUACGUCCCUGUAAAUGGUAGACUAUAUGAACUGGACGGACUUCGAGAGGGACCAAUUGACCUUGGUGCUUGCAACCAAGAUGACUGGAUCAGUGCAGUCCGUCCAGUGAUUGAGAAAAGAAUACAGAAGUACAGUGAAGGAGAGAUCCGAUUCAACCUAAUGGCCAUCGUGUCAGACAGAAAGAUGAUAUACGAGAGGAAAAUCGCAGAACUUCAGACCCAGCUUACUGAGGAUGAGCCAAUGGACACAGACCAGAGCAGCACAUUUCUUAGUUCCAUUCAGUCGGAGAUAGCAAAGUACCAGCUCCUUAUUGAAGAAGAAAACCAGAAACUUAAAAGAUAUAAGAUUGAAAACAUUCGACGAAAGCACAACUACCUUCCUUUCAUCAUGGAGCUACUGAAGACGUUGGCAGAGUACCAGCAGUUAAUGCCUUUGGUGGAAAAGGCAAAGGAGAAACAGAGCGCCAAAAAAGCCCAGGAGGCCAAAUGAGAAACUCACACAGUCCACAUCAGCAGAGAAGCAUCUAAAUACACACAAACAUCAACGAACCUCCAGCCACUCCUCCAUCAGUGAGCCACAGAUAGACGCUGUACAUCAUCUGUCGUAUUCCCGUUAAUGACCGUGGAUGGUCUGCAGUACUGCUUCACUGUGGUUUCCUGUACAGACAGAAUCCAAGAACUGCACUGCACGAGUAGUAGAGAGGCUGAACACGGCGUCCAUAUGUGUCCAUCAGCUCUUCAUGCAUGGUAGAAGGAAAGAUGUGCUCAAAUUAUGUUCUGUCUUAUUUUCAUAAUAAAAUGUCUAGAUGUUUGAAUACA